GUUUCAUUCCAAUAUUUUUAAUGUCAAAUGUAAACACGUGUGUCACUUUUUAAAUUCAUCAACUAGAAUUUUUUUUAUUCAUUAUGUCCAAGAGAAAAAGUGCCGAAGUAAUAGCUUUAAAUAAAGAUGAACAGAAAAAGGUUUCAAAACAAACAAAGAAAAUUAAAAAGGCUAUUCAGGAAGGAAACAUUUCUGUGAAGGAUAAAAAGAAAGAACUAAAAAUCAAAGCAGAACAAAAUAGGGGACUUAUCUAUAUUGGGCACAUUCCGCAUGGUUUUUAUGAGGAAGAAAUGAAGGAAUAUUUCAAGCAAUUUGGUAGAGUUACUAAUGUUAAAGUUUGUCGAUCAAGAACAACAGGAAAUAGUAAAGGAUAUGGAUAUAUAGAAUUUGCACAUCCUGAAGUAGCUAAAAUUGCUGCUGAUACAAUGAAUAAUUAUGUUAUGUUUAAAAAACGGAUAGUGACCGAAUUUGUUCCCUUUGAGAAACGUCCCAAAGGUUUAUUUUAUGGAAAAUCUAGCUCAAAAGAUAACACUUCUGUUAAGACACGAAGAGGUAAACAAAAAUAUACAAAAAAUAAGGUACUGGAUGACCAAACAGUGGUAAAAAAACAGAGGAAGACCCUCAAAAGAGUGCAGUCAAAACUCAAGAAGCUUAAAGAACUUGGAAUUCAAUGUGACAUAAAACCAGUAGGAAUAGACAAUACCUCAUUAGGGGAAACAUUAAUAAAGAAAUCUGAAGAUGACAGUGAUUCUGAAGUUGAGUUUAAGAGACCUGAUGCGAAAAAGCUUAAGUCGCAAAACGGCUCUAAAACUUCAAUAAAUAGACUACAAAGUGAGAGGGCAGUCCUUACAAAAUCACUGGACUCAGUUAAGAAAAUAUUAUCGAAGAAAUCUAUUACCAAAACUCAGACUGAAGAAACUCAAACUGAUCUUCCUAAAAAGAAACAAACUAGGAAUAUUAAAAAGACUAUUAAGAAAGAGAAGAAACCAUUGCCUUUGAACAAAGAAACAGUGAAAAGAAUUGCAAGAGAACUUAUAAGGAAAAAGGGCAAUCCUUUGCUCCACCUAGUUUCAAACAAAUCAAUUAAGAAAAAAUCAUAAGUGUCAGAAUAAAUUUGUUUCAUAAAAAUUGUUCUU